AUGGAACAUCUUCCUGUGCAUCUACCAGAUGAAGCUGCUUUAGGUGGUCCUGUCCAAUAUAGAUGGAUGUAUGUCUUUGAAAGGUACAUGUAUCAUCUGAAAAAGAUGGUAAAAAACAAGGCAAAUAUUGCAGGGUCCAUUGUUGCACAAUGUUUGAAUGAGGAGAUAUCAACUGCAUCUGCAACUUACUUUGGGAAAGUUCGAUUUACUUAUACUUAUGAAGAUGUGCCAAAUUUGUUUUAUCAUGAAGGUCGGGUCAGUGGAAAAGCCACCACGAGAUGGCUAACAGAUGUUGACUUCACCGUCUUGCAAACAUUUAUGUUGCUCAAUUGCGAUGUGUUUGAACCUUAUGAAAGGAUGUUUGAUGAGUUCGUGAUGGAAGCAAACCCAAAUAUUACUAGUAAUGAUCUACAGAGAGCGAAAGAUCAACAUUUUGCAAAAUGGGUGAAAGACUUCAUUACAAAUGCCAGUGAAACAUAUGAGUUCCCUUUAUGGAUGUUGGAUUUCAUUCAAGGACCGCAUCGUAACUAUACAUCGUGGCCGAUAUAUUUCUCGCGAGGAUAUUGCUUCCACACACAUAGCCAUGGCCAAGAUAAAAAUACCCAAUAUUAUGGUGUGUAUGUCCGUGGAACCACCGAGACCGAGUAUUAUGGGCUGAUAGAAGAAAUCAUGAUGAUCGAGUACGGUGGUGCUGUUAGCUUGAAAGCCAUGAUUUUCAAAUGCAAGUGGUUUGAUACAGUAGUGGGUCGUGGAAUGCGUAAGCAUAAGUCGGGGAUCGUUGAUGUGUCCCCCCGUGGCCAAUAUGAGAAAUAUGAUCCUUUUAUACUGUCUGGUAAUUGUGAUCAAGUAUGUUUCAUUCCUUAUCCGCGUGUGCGUCGUACAAAUGUGACAGACUGGUGGGCAUGCACAAAAGUUUUGCCUCGAGGGGUAAAUGAAACAUUUGAAGUUGCUCUAACAGCAUUGCAAGAUGAUACACGUAACGAUGUUGUUGCACCGAGUGAGAUGAUACGAAUUGAAUCAUAUGUCGUGGAAGAUGAUUCUGGUUAUGAUGUCUUACCCGUGGCUCCUCCUAACGAUGAAUAUGUAUCAGAAGACGAGUUAGAAGAUUCGUGUGCCGACUCUGAUUCGGACUCCGAUUCUGAUUAA